AUGACCCGAAACGAUAUUGUGCAGCUAUUGAGGUUUUGCGGUAUUUCACUUUCUUGCGGUUAUCAGCUCUUGAAAUCUCAUAAAUUGCCCACGUAAUUCUGAUUUUGUCAUUUUCAAGCUAAGCCUGAAGCGGGGUGCAGAUGAAAGAACUUGGAAAUAUUUUAUCAGCGAAGUUCUAUAGCGGCUAACUUUAACUUUCCUUGUCGGUGAGUGGUCUUUUAGUGAUUAUCCGCGAAACUAUUUCGACGUAACGCGACUUUACACAUGUCCAAUGCUCAAUAACCGAUACGACUCGAAAUUACUUUCUGCAUGUCCAUCUGUUUGAGUUGACAAAUCGUGAAGCUAAGUUGACAAUCCGACAAAUGCACCAUUAUCCGUAGAAUAAAUAAUGAGAGAGGUAGGAAUAUGGUUCCCUGAACGAGCAGAAUAGAAUUGAAUAGAACCUUAACACUUACCCGAUAAGAAUAAAAGCUAAAAGCUUUUGGGGUCUUGUUCACUUCGAUAUAAUUAAAUAAAACUACUUACAUGCAUAUUACUUGUAAAAUAACCCUUAGAAGAAAUGUUAAAUAAAAUGUUGUCAUUACGAUUAAAGUAAAUUAAAUUAAAACUGUACGUAUAAACCUAAAAAGUGAUAAUAAAUAAAAUAUAUUAUUAUUACAUAUUUCAAAAUAAGCGUAGUCGAUUUGCCUGUUUUGAGAGGCAGAGUUAGAUAACCUGUGGAAGGUGUAGUCCCCGAGAAUGUCAUACUCAGGGGUUGAUUUAAGAGUUUGUUAGAGUUUAGAGUUUAGAGUUUAGAGUUUAGAGUUUAGAGUUUAGAGUUUAUACGUGUAUCUUUUUUUUUAUUAAAUAAGUUCCACACGACGGCCCCUUGAUAUGCUAGUGAGUCUUUCAAGAAUCUAGUAUGUGCAUGGUCGUUUGACUGCUUCCUGGUCUCGAAAAGAAUAGCGCCAUUGUCGCCUCAUGAAUUUGGCUUUGUAUAGGCCCUGGUAAUAUUGCAUUACUUGCUUUAUGAAAUAGUUUGUCAAAUCUUUCGAUUCGUACGAAUCAUGAAUAGGAGUCCCGACUCGUGGUCGAGUCAUGGAAGGCAUCUCAUUUGUGGGACUUCGACUGAAUAUAUCGUAAGAGAGGUGGGAGAAGGGUGCUCUGAAAGAUUUGUGGAAUCGAUCGAUUCUUCAUGUUUUGAACAACAAUCGAUAUUUCGCGCAGGAAAAAAAAAGCAAGGAAGCCAAUAUGUCUAUGACGUAAUUGUACUAUGAGGAAAAUGAGCGUACGAGUUACACUUCCUAACUUCUUUAUAUUUUGAACAACAUUCCAUAACUCGUACCGCAAAACAAACAGGAGACCUAGAUUUGUAUGCGUCGUUCUAAAAGCACGGGCCCUGAGGAAGUAAACGUUCUCCCUUCUCUAUAUCAUGAACAACACUCCUUAUCUCGCGCAGUAAAUCAAAAAAGAAUACUCACUUCAUCGUACAGCAAAGCAAUAAAAAAAGCCAAUAUAUGUGUUCAUCGUUCUGUAAGCACAUGCAGCGAAGAAUUACACAUUUUGCCAUAUUUUCAACCACACUAGAUUAUUCGUGCAGGAAUGCAAACAAUGAGGCUCGUGAUGAAUUUCAAAAAAUACACGAACAAGUGAGAGAUGGAUGGUUGUAAGAAAAAUCACCACAAUCUGUUUAUUGGAGGUAGAUUACUAACUCUUAUUCGAAAUCUUACCGGAAGAACCAAAGGAAAUAAAAGCAUCCGACAAGUUGUAACUUCCAUUCGCGAUUCGUACUGACGUGUCGAACGAUUCAGAUAAUUGUUCAGCGAACCAUUCGCCCUCCUCUCCAACUAUUUAUUCUAAGUCGCACUAAUAAGAUGCAUUUGACGAGUCGUGUCGAUUCAGGAGCCCGCGAACAACACUCAUGUAUUUCGCGUAGUAUUUGAAAAGUAAAAUUUUAAUUAUAAAAUCAACUGAAUUGUGUAGCGCAGUUAGAAAGUCAGUAAUUAAUCCGAAAGUAACACAAUUGCAUUUACAGAAAAUAACUUUUUCCGAGUCUUUUAUAAAUCAAAUCAGGUUAGAAUAUGCAGGCAGGGAUUUGACGCCAGUUAAUUGCAAGGCUGCGUUUAAGCAAAGUUUGAUCACUGUGGCCUCCAUUUUUUCAUAGCCUCAUACUUUUACAAAAUGGUCUUCCAAUCCAACUACUGCCAAGAUCACUGGGCCCCAUUCGCGACCUCUGUAACGACAUCAGUGGUGGCCGCUAUCUUGACCCUUGUUACCGUGCCCGGCAACUUGCUUAUCUGCUGGGCUGUGAUACGGAACCCAACCGGAGAGCUGAAGACUUCAUUUAAUUACUUGGUAGUGAACCUCGCCAUUUCCGACCUCAUCAUAGGACUGAUCACAGAUCCAGUCUUUGUUGACUUCCACGUCAAAGAAGCUCUCAAGGUAAAAGAACUCCUGAGUGUUCAGUGGGUGGUCCACGUGUCAUAUUUUUUUACUUCGACGGUCUCGGUUCUCAGCAUUGUGGCAUUAGCAGUCAACAGGUACCAGGUGGUUAGAUCAUACCGCUUAUAUCGUGCACAGCAUUCCAUUAGUCGCACAAUCAAAGUGUCUGUUUCUCUGUGGAUUCUCUCUCUUAGUCUUCCUCUUCUCUAUCGUGUUGUUGGUUUCUUUAGACUUGCUUUCAUCUUUGCUAACGCUGCAGUUGUUGUCACUUCGAUCGUUCUUGUUUUCGUUUACUUCCGUGUGUGUCACUUUCUAAAACGACACAGGAAAACUUCUGCACACAUUCAGAGCAGCGAGUUGGAACGAGAAAAGCAAGUGCAACGCGAGCAGAAGGCAACAAACUCUCUUCUUAUGAUAGCAGUUGCAUUUAUUUUGUGUUCUUUCCCUUCUUGUGUGAUGGUCUACAUCAUUAACUUAUGUCACACAUGCAACUGUGUUCUAAUCCACUGGCUCCGAGACUUGCAGUUCUUGUUCAUUCUGAUUAACUCUGCUUCGAAUCAGUUUCUUUACGCCUUUCGCAUGCGCUCUUUUAAAAGGGCUUUUAUGACCAUAUCAGCAAUUGCAUGGCUGGUAGACAAAUUUGGAAGACAAGAGUUAAGCUUAAACUAUCCGACGCCACAGCCAUCUCAAUCUGACAGUACACCAUCUCAGGAACUGAAAGUAAGUGCCCCCGGAGCUAUGCAAAGAGAGAGCAAACUUUAAUACCCAAGAAUAGAAGUUUUGUAUGCUCGACUAAUAACAUGAAAGCUGGUAGAUAACCUAAAAGGAACGCGCGUCAGUUGCGUCGGGCUUAUAGAUAAACAUUGUAUUUACUGACUAAAGAAAAAGCCUACAACAGCGACCCACAUCCAUAGAAACGACCUUUAAAUGGUCCUCGAGAGUCACCUUCAUGCUGAAUAAAUUUUGAAAAUCUGUAUAGGUGUAGCCUUGUAGAAAGAAGAAAAGAUCUCAGUUGAUCUUUCUGAAAAAAACUAUUUUGGGUCUUGACAAUAACAAAAUCCGCAAAAUUUUGUAAAAAUUUAGCGAUAUUUCAUUUUAAUGGAUUAACCAUAAGCUUGCUCUUGUUAAACGUUAUCGAAAGAAAGUAGUGUUUCGGUUCUCCUUUCCCAUAACUAGGCUUGAGGUUGGAAUCAGCUCCUCCUUGUUAUAGUUUCUUGGCGAUUUAAGAACUAUCUCAGUUCAUUAGUUCAACAAGGACGUGUUAAUAAGUAUUGACUAAUUCUCAUUAUACUGGAAAUUUUACAGUUGGACAUGUAUGUAACAUUACUUUUACAUUUUAUAAGUGUUUACUGUGUUGGCUAAGUAACUGCCACCGACAUAGCAGAGAUAAUGAUGAUAAUGAUGGAAAACCAAAUAGAGAAUAAUAUUUUUCAUUUAAUGGAAGUGCGAAAUACAGGUAAAAAUUAUCACUUUGAUAAAAAAUGAAGUAACUGAGUCAUAAGUUUUUUAUAAACAAUAGAAUCGUAGUGGUAGGUUAGUUCCAUCAAAACUCAGAACAAAACAAAUGACUAAAUAGGAUGUACCAAACAACAGAUAUUUAUACCCUGCGGUUAGCGACAGCUGAUCCCCCCUCUGCUCCCCCUGAAAACCAUUUUAUCCCCUUCCAAAAUCCUCCGCAACCCCCUCCCGUGAUAAAAAAAGACUGGCCCCUUAAUGUCAAUUUUUUGUCAGCUGAUAGUCACUCUAUCCAUCCCGGACAUGCGUAGAGGUUGCGAAAAAAUUAAUAAGGGGUUAUUAAGCAAUUUUUUUAAUUCGCUAUGGUUGCGUCAAAUCUCAAAUCUCAAAUCUCACAUCUUUUUCCCCUACGUUAGUCAUAGCCUUAAUCGUCAAGUUUGUGAUCUAAAAAAUGGAAUUUCCCCAAUAAAAAUUUGGGUCCAAAAUUAUUGUGAACAAUCCGGUAUAGGAUAAAAAUGUUUCAUUGUAAACGUUUAGCUAAACUUGUCAAUGAGAUAGAAUGACGCGAAGAAAGAAUAUUGAACAACACUAAAUUGGGCGAAAUCUUCUGCUAUUGUUAGCCACAGGAAAUCGUAGUUGAAAGAAAUAAAUCACUUUAUUUUGCCAAAGGGAUAUGUGUAAAUAUCACAUGCCAUGAUUCCCAAGAAACAAUCAAAGCUCAUUGGUCAUAACCACCUGCCUGAGUCACACUUGCUUUGUUAAAUUGCACCUUCUCAGAUAAACAUCCACCUUUAUCACUACUUAUUACGACAAAAGAAAACCUUUUCAAACGAAACAAAACGUUUCGAUACACUUUUGGUUGAUUCAAAGUUCCUCCUGUGCCCUCAUUUAAAAAUCAGCUCUAGAUAUCAUAAGACAAUAAGUAAGUAAAUGCCCACAUUCAAAAAUUAGCUCUAGAUAUCAACACUGAACUAAGUUAUAAUUCAACAGGCUGCGACUUUCAAAAUAAAUUUGAGUGUCUAUCUGCGAUCGCUUUGUUCGAAUCGGUCCGCGCUCUUUUUUUUCUCAAUUGACAGGGACAGACAUAUUCAGCUUUUUGUUUUUUUUUUUUUUUUUUUAAUAUAUUCCUGCCAGGUUUGUUUGAUGCUAUCGUAUUCAAUUCGAUGUGAAACAAUUCCGUUUCCUUUCGCUGUGUUGUAUUCAUGUCUAUUAACACUGAUUAGGAUAAUCGCGUGAAAUACAUCGGUAAGGUCAGAAAAUUACAUUGGCUGGCGUGCGUCAUAUUGUGAAAAGAAAUAGCUCAGGGAAAUACCUUAUUAAGCUUUCAGUACUUAAGCGCAAACACCUGCUGACAAAAAAUAUUAUCUGAAAAAAAAUUGUGGUCAAAAAUCGCUAGAUUUUUCGUGAUUCUACGAGGAAAAUAGUAUCACCAACAUAGCCAACUUUUCCUGUAUCAAGGUGAGUGCUUGAUAUUUGUGCCUACUUUGUAGGAAGUGUUACUAAAUUUAUUUAACCUCAUAGCUAAUUCCGGAUGUUCUGCGAAACAGCGACUUUUUCCUCUUCUGCAACCUAAAAGCAAACCACUUAACAAUAAAAAUAUGAUAAAUUGCGAAACAAAAAAAUUCCAGUUCUCAUGACCUUUAAUGAUGCGAAUUGAGCAUUAAGGAGAAAAUCAAAACACUAAAUCUCCUCUGAGGUAUCUCAGCAAUCUAGGAUGGUCAUUGUGAAUAUCAUUUAUUCAAAAACGCAAGCAGAUCCCCAAUCCCGUGUUUAUGACGCUAGCAAUUGGAAUUGAAAAAUAAAAUCAGUCGAGCCUUGCUCAAGAUGUUUGGUAUGGUCGAUUUUCUUCGUAAUUGAUGUGAUACGCGCACGACACUUAUAGAGAAAAGCUGUAGUCCAAUCUAACUGGUGGUACACUUCAAACCAUUCAACUAAUCACAAAGGAAGUUUAGAGGUACACCAAUUUCGCCACUGAUAGUUUCUUCUUUUCUUCAUGAUUUUCCACGCAAAGUGGUGUCUGUGCUAGAAUAACGCGUAGUUAUUCUUUUUAACCACUUCUCCUGGUUAGACAGUUUAUUUCCGUAUUUCUAUGCCAAUCUUUUUACAAAUUACGCAUAUACAUAUAUUUAUAUAUUAAUAAUGAAACGAAGAAUUUGCAAAUGUUCAUCUCUAUCAUUGCGCGGACGUACGACAUCAAAGUACAGCAUCGAUUUCGUUGUAUGAGACUUGGCCUCCAGUAGUUCGCUAGGUAUAACAAGAAAAACAUCUACGCGUUAUUGACCGAAUUUAAAGUAUACAUGGCUUGAUAUUAUUCCUCUCAGCUUUCUCCUUUUCCUUCGUUUGUAUGGCUCGAGACAAGGUCCAGCUCCAAUCAAAACACAGUGAUCGACUUCGCGAAUGCCACCAGUCAGGAUCUAACAAGCUCGGUCAAUAAAGAAAUCAUUGGAUCUUAACUAUUAUUUGGCAGAAAGAUUCCGUCAAUGAAUUUUAAAAUAUGGUUACAAAACUAUUCUUUUCACCAUUCAAUUUGUGCAAAAAAUGCUCAAAAAACUAUUUUUAAUGUUUUCAUACUCUUGAAAAGCAAACAAUCCUCCAUUAGCAAUAAAGAAUUUUAACUCUCAAAAUCUAAUAAUGCCGUCAUCGGCCCAUUAGCUGCCACCGCAACUAUCUAUAUUUGUUUUUAAUAUCUCACCCUUUCAGAUCUCAUUCGAUCUCAUCAAAAGACUUCGUGCUUUUAAAAAUACCUCUCCUUAUUUCCCAAUUCAUACGACAAAGCUGCAAUAAUGAAUCUGCGACUUGCAACCAUAAUCCUGACCUGUUAUUCUUCCUACCUGUUGUAUCAUAUAUUUCUUUCGGCAGAAUAGACCAGAAUGAUAGGUUGUAUGCAUAAUGUAGAUAGGUAUCUAUAGGAACUUUCUGUGAUUAUUUCAACCCUCUAAUUACUUUUUCUUGCUCCAUUCCCUUUUUCUCCGGACAGUUUUGACCAGGGGUCAGGAACUCUCAUGUAGGUAAGGACAACAUUUUAGUUCAAAUAUAAGAGACCAUUAGCAUUGAAAUUAAAUUUACCUUGAAAACAGCACGUGUCCCGAAAUUUUGGUGUAUGUAAAAUUAAUCAUGUUUUUCGGCCUGCCGGUGACAGACAAUUAAAGAUAUGAUCGUCGCAGAUAAACCGUAAUCAGGAAGUCCAGAAAAAGCCUGAAAAAAAAAAGGAUUCAGGCUCCGGCGGGGUUCGAGCCUGUGUUUGUCAGUAUUACUUGUACUCUGGUAUGGCUUGACUAACAAAAGUCCCUAUCAUGUAUGAACCGGGUAAAACGUCUGUGAUAUAAGGUAAACAUUUUUAAUAAUGGCGUUAUCAUAUUUGAUAUAUCUCUUCACCGCUCCACAAGCUUCUUUCCAAGGACUGUAACGAGACAGUCCACUUGAGUCAGAUUGUCCGGUCAAUAUGGACAGGACACAGGAUAUAGUUUUCACUGUAAACACAGACCGAUUAGCGCGGGGGUUGAGAUAGUGCUACAAUAUACCGUUGGAAAAAAAAGCGUGCAUUAGCUUCUAACAUGUGGUCGGGCAUUUUUAAACGCGGCGUAAAUAACGCUUUCAGUUACAUCAGAUUCACCGCAAAUGAAAACGGAAACUUCACACGACUUCCCUUAUCACCUACGUCGAGUGAACCACAUAAACUCAACGGUUAGUCUACGGUUUCAACAAAACGAUCUUUAAUACUGAGAAAACGAAAAAACAACCCAUUCCAUUUGUUCAGCGUAGUUCUUAAAUACUACGUUGUUUACACACUACAGUUUUCAGUUAUGUCCUGUCUCCAGACGAUACAAACUUCCUUAAGUGUAUGGAGAUUAAGGUUUGGGUAAAAUUACCACCGAGAUAAAAUGACUUUUGCCAACAAAAAUUUAAUAAAACAAUGUAUUGAAUACGCUUAAGUCUACGUUUGAAAACGAUAACUGAUGUCUGGUAAAGACUUCGAUAAUGGCUUCCAAACACACGAAGCAUCCUAUUCAAUAGUUAUUCAAAUUCAAUACUCUACUUUCGCUCCUGUUUUUUCUGAAGUUACUAACUUUGUUAACUAUCAUUCUUGUAAGUGGGUAUUUGCUCCCUGAAAAUUCAUACUGCGAAACCCCUUGUUGGGGAGUAUGCAUUUUUUACAAUCUUUUAUUAAAGACAUCAUAUGUUGAUGGCAGUCGUUACCCAUCGGUACACAAUAACCUAUCAUAAAUUAGUUUUUCUCUUUCAUUAAGCUGAUUAAGUGACACAACAAAUAAUGUUCUGCGACAUUUUGUGUUAGCGACGUAUUUUGCAAUAACUUACGCAUUCAGUUUUGGAAUUACGGUUGCGGCAUUUUGUAAUAACGGCGCAUUUUGUGAGAACAGCUGCGGCGUCAGUAAGAAAUAACUUAAGCAUUUGUAAUACGUAUUGCACCAUACUGUAAUAAAGGCGAGCUACACAGUUUUUAAUUAGUGCUGUAGCACUUUGAACUGCUCGUCGGUUUACGCAAUGUGUGACAAAAUUCUAAUAUGUUUCUCGAAUCUCGCAACUCAAUACUGAAUUUUUCAAACUUGGGUACCUGUGGUUUCCCUCUUGCGAAUGAAGACUGAAAUAAAUAACUAAAUAACUAAAUAACUUUAACUUUGGCACAGACACAUAAAAACAAAUAGGAAAAAAUGGCAUUAUUCAAUUAGUGACGAGGUAUAAGUAUUGGGCCUCCUUACUUGGAUAUGGCUUGUUUCUUUUCAGUGUCUUUUUUUCGUUCGUACCUCUCCUAACAUUAUACAUAUGCCGCAGCUAGUGUUGCAAAAUUUGUAGGUUAUUAAAAAAUGCUUCCUUGUUACAAACGCUGCCGAUCAGCAAUUAUUCUUAAUGGCAUAUGAUUACAUACAAAAUAAUUAAGGUUUUUAAAAAAAAAUUUAUGGGUUCUCGAUCUCCCAAUUUUAAAGGAUUAGCUUGAAAUUUGGAGAGCAACCAUGGAAGACACAAAUAUCUUAAACGUGACAUUUUGGGAAUAUUCUGAAAUUCAGAGACCGAUGAAGAUGGAAAAAGGAGAGUCCUCGCCAUGUAUUAAAUUUACAGCUUUCUCUGGUUGAAGUACUGAUUACAACCACUGUUCUUCCUUUCUCGUGACUUAGGUCUUUCAACGCACCAAUCAGCGGUCAGAAAUGAAGAAGGUACAUAAAUUUGGAAAUUCUAGCCCAUAAAAUGGAGGCUCCGAUGUUUACAUUGAAUUUCAAUAAAUAUUCAAGAGUUAUUUAAGUUACAGGCACAAAGAUUUUGCAAAAAGUGUGGAAAAUACAUGUGUUGAAAAUGUUUUUUCCGUUUUAGAUUCUCCCACUGUGCCAUAAUGGUAUUUCAGUCUGACCUCUGUGACCAUUACUGGGCACCAUUUGCAACUUCUGUCACCACAACAACGGUAUCUGCCAUUUUAAGCAUCAUUACUGUACCCGGUAACCUACUUAUUUGCUGGGCCGUUCUGUGGAACCCGACGAAAAACCUCAAAACUCCCUUUAACUACUUGGUGCUCAACCUCGCCAUUGCAGAUCUGCUUGUUGGAACUGUAACUGAGCCUGUAUUUGUCGGAUAUCACGCAAGCGAGGCUCUGAAACGCCCUGUCCUUGGUCUUAGAUGGGUGGUGUAUGUAUCAUAUUUUAUGAGCUCAACUGCAUCAGUUUUAAGUAUACUGGCUCUAGCUGUCAACAGAUACAAAGUGGCAACAUCAAACCGCAUCGUACGAGGAAAGGCUUCCAGUGCAAUCGUAACGUCAGUUGUUUUGUGGAUAUGUUCCCUUAGUCUUCCAUUACUAUACCUGGCAGUGGGAUUCUAUCUUCUAGCUUUCAUAUUUGCCAAUACAGCGGUCGUGAUUAGCAUCAUUGUUCUACUAUUUGUGAACUUCAGUAUCUAUCGGAGUAUUCGUCAACAUGAAAAGAACACUGAACAUAUUAGAAGCAACCGUGAUCGGCAAAAAUAUCUUAAACGGGAACAGAAGAUAACGAUGUCCUUUCUGUUUAUUAUCGUGUCAUUCUUAGCCUGUGGCGUGCCUUCGCUUGUGAUGGUCUACGUAAUUAACCUGUGUAACUCAUGUAGCUGCGUUCUUAUCCAUUGGUUUCGAGAUCUGCAGUAUUUGUUCCUGCUGCUCAAUUCCGCUACAAAUCAGUUUCUAUAUGCUUGGCGAAUGCGUUCAUUCCAAACAGCAUUUUUAACAAUUCCUUUUAUUAGGUGGGUAGGUAGAAAAUUGGCUGGAAACAAAAUCGAUCAAGUGACUGCAACUCACACGAACAGCGUGAUGGACGAAUCUACGAACAAACAGGUCGGGAGAGAAGGAAACUUAUCGGCUCACGGCGAAAAAGAGUCGCAAAUCACGGAUCUUCCUCAGCGAAAUUCCAUUUUCUCAAAGCAUGAAGAUUAA